CCGGAUUUGCCUCUUACUUCCAUGUCUUCCGGUCUGACUCGAUAAAAAAUGCUAAAGAACCAAAACACAAUCAUCUCGUCCCGACACACUCCCUCUUGCCAUAUCACAUCGCUUCUCUGCUAGCUAGAACCCCUACGGUUCCCAAAACGUGCCAAAUUUUUCUAAUUAUACCGCGGUACCCGACAUACAGAUACAACUCAUUUUAAUCGCCUCUAUCCCAAAUGACAUUCGAUCCUCCAAGGCUAUUGCUUAUCGAUUCCUACGACUCGUUUACCUUCAAUUUAGCAUCCUUAUUUCGACAAUCUAUUCCCGGAUGCUGCAUCCACAUCCUGAAGAACGACAAACUCACGAUAUCUGAUUUGUUGCCUCAUCUGAAACACUUUUCGGCCAUCGUAGUAGGGCCUGGACCUGGUUCACCGGACAAUAAUCAGGACAUUGGUAUCGUCAGGGAUUUAUGGGAUGUUUCUGAACAGCAUAUGCUGCCCAUCUUUGGCGUUUGUCUCGGCCUUCAAAGUCUCGCACUCACUUAUGGCGCAGAGUUGCAUCGUCUGCCCAUCGUAAAACAUGGACAGAUAUCACAUAUCGUGCAUACCGGCCAGAGUCUGUUCGAAGGGGUGGGCCGUGUGGAAGCUGUGAGAUAUCACUCAUUACACGUCACUCUAUUGGAAGGCGGCUUCAUAGAGCCGCUAGCAUGGGCAGACGAUGAACCGGAGAAUGGAAGGGUCCUCAUGGCUAUUCGACACAAGACCCAGCCUUUUUGGGCAGUCCAGUAUCACCCGGAAUCCACUCGUACUUCUGGCGGUGGACAUGAGGUUGUCGCGAACUUUUGGCGUCUAGCGCAACACUGGGUUCGAAAACACGGGAGGAGAACGAGUCUUUGGUGUGAGAGCGCCCAUCGCGUUUUCGGAUCCUCUUGGCCUCAAGCUUCCCCCAUACACCAAUCGCUUCCCUAUUCUUUCCAACCCACUUUGUCCGUUCAUACCAUUGUUGUUGACGCACCCACAAUAUCCGUGAUGAGCAUCUGUGACAUGCUUGGAGCAGACGACGAACAGCAGUCAUUCGUUCUCUUGGACUCUGCUGCUCGCCCAGGCCGAUUUUCAAUUGUAGCUUCCAUGCAGCCCUUCGCCCUUCAGAUUACUUAUAAUGUCGACCAACCUUUCGUUCGUUUGACUAGAGGAACUACAACCGCGUACGAGAAACUUGGGGACCAUGACAUAUGGUCAUGGCUGGCGAGUUUCAUGCACAGUCGAAGGGCAUGGGGCGGUAGACCUGAGAUUCCGUUCUGGGGCGGGCUGAUAGGGCUUUUGAGCUAUGAAGUAGGCGCCUCCUCUCUGGGGAUUUCUCCACGGUCUAGGAAUGAGCCUGAUCGCAAGCAUCCUCAUCCCGACGUCAACUUCGCAUUCAUUGAAAGGAGCAUCGUUGUAGAUAAUUUUACUGGCAAAAUAUAUGUCCAGUCAAUCAUUCCCGAUGAUGAUGCUUGGCUAUCUGAAACAUCUCUACUGUUUCAAAAGCAGCCAGACCCGGUCCAUCAGGAAUGCUCGCUUCCGCACGACAAAGUGGCCGUCUCUCAUGCUACGGUAACCCUCCCGGAUAAGGACCGGUACAUCUCCAACAUUAAGCAGGCCAUGGAGCAUUUAUUCUGUGGAAACUCCUACGAACUCUGCCUCACUGCACAUACACGAAUUCAGACGUCCGUGAAGUCAUCUUGGAGUCGUUAUAAAGCACUGCGCCAAACUAACCCCGCUCCGCAUUCCGCCUUCCUACGUUUAUCUCCCACAACCUUCUUAUCGUCUUCCCCCGAACGUUUUCUCUCCUUCUCUCGUCCGCCGAAUUCCAUUUAUCAAUUAAGGCCAAUUAAGGGUACUAUCCGGAAUGGCCCAGAUAUCGAUCGUGCAUAUGCAGAAAAGGCCCUCGCCGGAAGCCCCAAGGAGGUCGCAGAAAACCUGAUGAUCGUGGACCUCAUCAGGCAUGAUCUUCACAGCGUGGUCGGUGAAGGUGUCACUGUACAACAGUUUUGCGCCGUAGAGGAAUACGAAACUGUCUGGCAGCUUGUCAGUGUUAUUGAGGGCCAAUCGUCUUCUGAAGAAUCGGGGGGUUGGGAAGUGUUGCGGAGCAGUUUACCGCCUGGUAGCAUGACUGGCGCUCCGAAGAAGCGAAGCAUGGAGAUCUUGCAAGAUCUCGAGGAAUCAGACCGUAGCUUGUAUUCGGGGGUGUUUGGAUACUGGUGUGUAGGAGGCGGGGGAGAUUGGGCAGUGACGAUACGAAGUGCAUUCCGACAUGAUGAUCCCACUGUUCAACCCGUUAACGAGGAAUGGGUAGUCGGCGCUGGCGGUGCUAUAACUGCUCUAUCUGAUCCUGAGGCGGAGUGGGAUGAGAUGAUUAUCAAACUUCAGAGUGUUUUGAGGACGUUUGAUUAAUGUUUUUCAUCCUUCUGAUCUGAUUUAUUAUUAUUACUUUUACUUACCACUAUAGACGACUGGAUAACAUUACACUUCAAGUUAGACAUCAACUGUUUGCAUCGUACAUUGUAUCCAUACUUCCUCUGAAUUCAACUUCAUUUUAC